AUGGUCAAUGGCGCAAUAUUGGACUAUGUCCAGUAUGGUCCAGUUGAUAACACUGCCUCUUCCUUACGUGUCACCAUAGGCCAUGUGAUAUACACAUUCCCCGUUAACACACUGUUUUCCCAUGACACACGCAUAUUUGCAAAAUUUAGGUUUAGAGACGCAUUUCCCACUACAUCUCCCGUAACUGCAUUCGUCAACGCAUUGAGAACCAGCAGAACAGAGUAUAAGGGCACAUGA